CGCCGUCUUCAUGUAGUUUCAGAGAAACAGCUUUGUGUCCGGAUCGCGCCAUGGGCUCCAGGGACAGCUUGAGCCAAAUCGCAGCGCUGGUUGGCGUCUUGGUGGCUUUGACGGUGCAAGCUGUUCCCACAGGUGAUUACGCAGAUGCUGGGGAACUGAGGGACGACAUACUUGAGAUCAACAGAGGGUUAAACCAGCUGUUUGAGGGAGACAUCGCCAUUGAUUCCAGCAGGAAUGCAAUCCUUGACCAAAAACGGAGAUGGAAGUUUCCCAUUCCCUACAUCUUAACCGAUUCUCUAGAGCUGAAUGCUAAAGGUGUGAUCCUCCAGGCUUUUGAGGAAUAUCGUUUGAGAUCCUGUGUGGACUUCAAGCCCUAUGAAGGAGAGAGCAGCUACGUCUCCUUCACCAAGCUGUCCGGAUGCUGGUCGUAUGUUGGGGAUGACAGAACAGGCCAGAAUGUGUCAAUCGGCGCCGGGUGUGACACCAAGGCCAUUGUGCAGCACGAGCUCCUCCAUGCGCUGGGCUUUUACCACGAGCAGUCUCGCUCGGACAGAGACAACUAUGUCAAAAUAUGGUGGGACCAGAUUGAAGAAGGGAAGAAGCACAAUUUCAACAAGUAUGAGGACGACUUCAUCACAGAUCUGAACACGCCAUAUGAUUACGAGUCCAUCAUGCACUACAGGCCGCUGUCCUUCAACAAGAACGACAGCAUCCCCACGAUUACCACCAGCAUACCCUAUUUCAAUGAGGUCAUAGGCCAGCGUCUGGACUUCAGCGCUGUAGACGUCAGCAGGCUCAACCGCAUGUACGACUGUGCCAACACACUCACUCUGUUGGACCAGUGCUCCUUUGAGCUGAAUAACAUCUGUGGAAUGAUCCAGAACGAGGAGGACAACGCCGAUUGGGUCCAGACGUUGAGCAGUCCUGCUGAUACCGACCACACCAUGGCAGGGCUCUGCAGAGACUCUGGCUACUUCAUGAAGUUUGAUACAUCUUCCGGCCCAGUGGGAAGCAGCGCCUUGCUGGAAUCACGUAUCCUUUACCCCAAGAGAGACGAGCAGUGCCUGCAGUUCUUCUACAAGAUGACCGGAGCAGCAGGGGACAAACUGGUGAUUUGGAUCAGGACUGACGACGGGACCGGGACUGUACGCAGCAUCAGGAAGAUCCACACCAUAACAGGAAGUGGGGACGCUGCCUGGAAAAUGGCCUAUGUGACUCUCAAGGUGUCUGGGAAAUUCCGCUAUUUCUUCCAAGGCGUCAGAGGAUCGUCCGGCUCCUCGGGUGCCGUCUCAAUCGAUGACAUCACCCUUACUGAGACCAUUUGCCCCAGCUCCGUUUGGCAAAUCCACAACUUCACCGGCAUUCUUGCAAGUACUCCUCCUGGCGGCUUGUUGAAAAGCAAGUGCUUCUUCAACUCGGAGGGCCACUCAUUCGGUAUCAGUGUUUACCCUAAUGGAAGAGAGAGUGGCUACCCAGACUAUGUUGGGAUAGCGUUGCACCUCUGCAGUGGGGAAAAUGAUGCGGUGGUGCAGUGGCCAGUGAAAAACAGGCAGGCAACCAUCGUUGCCGUGGACCAGGACCCUGAUGUGAAGCUGAGAAUGUCUUCCACGAGAAGCUUCACCACAGACACUGAUCCUCGUUGGAACAGACCAACUGCUGCUUCAGGUGCAGAGUGGGAUGUCGGCUGCCAGUGCUUCCGCAGGAAAGACUUUGGAUGGAGCACUUUCAUUUCCCACAAGCACUUGCACAGCAGGAGCUUCCUCAAAGAAAAUGACUUCAUCAUCACUGUCAACUUCAAUGAUUUGACCCACCUGAUCCAGACCGAGGUGGACGUCGAACCAGCGUCACCGGGCAGUGACGUCCCGAACGAGGAGCCAAUCAGCGAGGUGGAAAUGAGACCGGAGGUUUCAAAACACAGAGAAGCCCGAGCUGCCGAUCCCUGUCGUCCCAACCCUUGUUCCAACGGAGGCGUGUGUGUGGAGCGUGACGGGAGAGUCUCAUGCAGGUGUGCAUCAACCCAGACCACCAUCUACACUGGGAAGAGGUGUGAGGAGGUGAGCGUGCACAUCGGAGUGGUGGGAGCUCUGAUUGCUGGCGCUGCAGGGACUGUGAUUCUCACACUGGCCAUCUUCACCGUCCUCAGAGGAGCAAGGUGUCUUCUGCAUUCAUUCGGCAGUGCAAUCACAGAAGAAAAUGUCGGCAUCCUUUUAUGAGUUAUUCAUCUUGGACACUAAUUCCAUUCUAAGCCCCAUAUCAUGUUGCUGCAUGAAAAUAAUCGUUUGAAAUCAAUUCCCAACCUUGUAGCAGGGCAUGAGUUGGUUUGACUUAUAUAUUAAAAAGAAUCAAUGUGGUUUUAAUAAAUUGUGUUAUGAAAAAUGUCUAGUUAAUAUUGAAACGUCUUAAUCCUGCAUAGUAUGAUGAACAAUAAAAGACUUUAUAUUCUUUGUCUUUA